CAGAAACGACGCGUCGCGGACCUGCUCGCCAACUAUAUCCCUGAGGACGAGGCAGUGCUGCUGAGGAGUGGGAGGUGAAUGGGAUCCAUGUAUACCUGCACCGUGUGUGCCCACCGCCCCAUCUUCGAUACUCUGGAUGUGCUGGCGGUCCACAGGGCUGGCAAGAAACACGUUGCCAGCCUGCAGAGCUUCUACGGCAGGAAGCACUCACUUGAGAACGAGGUGCAAAAGCGACAGCACGAGAAAUUCGUGCGGGCGGAGGAGGCAGGCACACAGGGCUCUCCAGCCCCUUUGCUGGUGCGAACAAGGAGGAUAGCCCAGAGCGCUCUGCUGAAAGCUGCUCCCUACAGCAGCUGCUGCCGGAGGAUGGGGGUGAAUGGAAAUGGCUCAAGAGCAGGUAUGACCCAGACGGAGCUGAGCACCGCCCCUGUGCGAAUCGCUGCCACGGCCUCUCCAGAGCCCAGAGUCCCCUCGCAGAAGAUCAAGGAGGCUGUGGGCACCACCCCAGUGGCCCUGCUGCCAGGGUGCUGUAGCGGGCGAGCAGACGUACCAAAGGCAGCUACCACCCAGACCCAGCAAGGUGGCAAAGGAAAAGCCUCGCCAUCGCCUGCAAGCCAGCCUGAAGCCCUCAACCCCAAGAGGCGCCAGGCCCUGGAGCGGUACCUGCAGCUCCGGAGUGCCGGCUGGAUCCAGGACCACUCUGGCAAGUGGGUGAAGGACGAGAAUGCCCACGUUGAAUCCGCUGAGGAUGAGCCGCCCGUGUUGCUGCCGGCCUGAGGCCUCUCUCUGUCCUGCCGGUCCUCGCAGGGAUGGUGCCCCGGGGAUGCACCCAGCCCUCCCCACUUUCCAUGUUAAUAGAGGCAGCUGGAGGUGAAGGAA